ACCGCCAGCGUUCAGUAAAUCGCAAAAAUGACCAACACAAAGGGAAAGAGGAGGGCCACCCGCUAUAUGUUCUCUAGACCUUUUAGAAAACAUGGAGUUGUUCCUUUGGCCACAUACAUGCGUAUGUACAAGAAAGGUGAUAUCGUAGACAUAAAGGGAAUGGGCACUGUCCAAAAAGGAAUGCCCCACAAAUGUUACCAUGGCAAAACUGGAAGAGUCUACAAUGUUACCCAGCAUGCCACUGGCGUUGUUAACAAACCAGUCAAGGGCAAGAUUCUUGCCAAGAGAAUUAAUGUCCGCAUUGAGCAUAUUAAGCACUCUAAAAGUCCAGACAGCUUCCUAAAACAGGUGAAGGAAAAUGAUCAAAAAAAAAAAAAGAAGGAAACCAAAGAGAAAGGAACUUGGGUUCAACUGAAGUGCCAGCCUGCUCCACCCAGAGAAGCACACUUUGAAAGAACCAAUGGAAAGGAACCUGAGCUGCUGGAGCCCAUUCUUUAUGAAUUCAUGGCAUGAGAAGUGUUUGUUUAAAAAUAAAGAGACUCCUGGACUAUAUAUAUAAAAAAA